AUGCCGAUCGGAGCCGGAGAGGACCUCUGCCGCUUGUCUGCCUACCUAGAGGAGCUGGAGGCCGCCGAACUGAAGAAGUUCAAGUUCUACCUGGGCUCUGGGCAGAAGGGGAGCCACGCCGCCAUCCCCUGGGGGCGGAUGGAGGCGGCAGGGCCCCUGGAGAUGGCCCAGCUGCUCGUGGCCCAUCUGGGGACCAGGAAUGCCUGGCUGUUGGCUCUGAGCACCUUUGAGCGGAUCCACAGGCGGGAUCUGUGGGAGAGAGGACAGAGAGAGGAUGCAGCUAGGGUUACUCCACUUGGACCAGGCCUGCUGGGGAGUCAGUCGGCGUUCUCUCCGGAAACCUGUCCUGGCCCUCCAAGGAAAGGGCCCGGGGAGUACUACCGGGAGCAUGUGCGCAGGAGGUUCGGGCUGAUGGAGGACCGCAAUGCGCGUCUCGGGGAGUGCGUGCACCUGAGCCACCGCUACACUCGGCUGCUGGUGGUGAAGGAACACUCGAACCCCACACGGACCCGGCAGAAGCUUCUGGAUACCAGCUGGGGGCCCCCGGGGUCCACAAGCCUCCAGGCCAGCCUCAUCCAGAUGGAGACCCUGUUCGAGCCGGAUGAAGAGCGGCCCGAGCCACCCCGCACCGUGGUCCUGCAGGGCGCAGCGGGCAUCGGCAAGUCCAUGCUGGUCCACAAGCUCAUGCUUGACUGGGCGGCCGGGGAUCUCUUCCAGGACAGGUUCGCCUAUGUCUUCUACAUCAACUGCCGGGAGAUGAACUGCGGUGAUGUCCACUACAGCACACGGGACCUCAUCUCUGACUGCUGGCCUGAGCCCGUUGCACCCCUCCAGGAGCUCCUCAGGGCUCCCCAAGCCCUGCUUUUCAUCCUCGAUGGCUUUGAUGAGCUGAAGCCUUCUGCCCACGACCCUGGGGAACCCUGGUGCUCCGGUUGGGAGGAAAAGCGACCCCCGAGGCUCCUCUUACACAGCCUGAUCCGGAAGAAGCUGCUUCCAGAAGUUUCCUUGCUGAUCACCACGCGGCCCUCAGCUCUGGAGACCCUGCAGCCUCUGCUGGAACACCCCCGGCACGUGGAGAUCCUGGGCUUCUCUGAGGCCCAGCGGGAGGAGUACUUUUCCAGAUUCUUCCCCGAUGCCCGGCAGGCGCAGCAGGCCUUCGGCCUGGUGCGGGAUAAUGAGCCGCUCUUCGCCGCAUGCUUCGUGCCGCUCGUGUGCUGGGUGGUGUGCACCUGCCUGCGGCAGCAGCUGGAGGCCGGAGGGCUCCUGAGACAGACAUCACGCACCACCACAGCUGUCUACCUGCUCUACCUCCUCAGCCUGGUGCCGGGGACCCCCACGCACCAGGGCCCCCGCAGCCACCCAGGGCUCUGCUCCCUGGCUGCCCAUGGCCUAUGGAACCGGAAGGUUCUGUUCCUGGAGGAAGAGCUCCUGCCCCACGGCCUGGAGGGUGCCGAUGUCUCCGCCUUCCUCAACACGCACAUCUUCCAGAAAGACAUCGGCCGCGAGAAGUUCUACAGCUUCACCCACCUGAGCUUCCAGGAGUUUUUUGGGGCCCUGUUCUACAUCCUCGACGGGGUGGGCCCCGAGCGCGCAGUGACGCAGCUGCUGGCUGAAUAUGGCUUCUCAGAGCGGAGCUUCUGGGCUGUCACCGUCCGCUUCCUCUUUGGGCUCCUCAAUGAGGAGCUGAGGAACUUUCUGGAGAGGCACCUGGGCUGGAAGACAUCACCGCAUAUCAAGGCCCAGGUACUGGAGUGGCUGGUGAGCCAGGCCCGCAGCCAGGGCCCCAGGCUGCAGCACGGCGCCCUGGAGCUGCUAAGCUGUCUGUACGAGAUCCAGGAGGAGGCCUUCGUCCGCCGGGCCCUGCACCAUGUCCAGGUGCUCCACGUCAGCCACGUGGCCACAGCCAUGGAGCACGUGAUCUGCUCUUUCUGUGCCAGGCACUGCGAGAACGCCGAGGUGCUACACCUGCAGGGUGCGGCCUCCACCGAGGCUGGGGACCAGGACCUCAGGACCGGGCCUGCCGGAGGCCCCAUACCGUCCACGCAGCCACCCGAGAGGAACCUGCUGCCCAGCGCCUACAGCGAGCACCUGGCUGCUGCUCUGGGCAACAACCCUGGCCUGGUGGAGCUGGCGCUGUGCCGCAGUGCCCUGGGGACACGCGGGGUGCGGCUACUGUGCCAGGGCCUCACACACCCCAGCUGCAGGCUCCAGAACCUCAGGCUGAAGAGGUGCCACGUCCCGGGUGCUGCCUGCAGGUACCUGGCUGCUGCCCUGACCUCCAACCAGCACCUGCUGCGCCUGGACCUGAGCGGGAACGGGCUGGGCUCCGAGGGCCUGGCGCUGCUCGGUCGCGGGCUCCGGCACCCCCGCUGCCGGCUGCAGAUGCUCCAGCUCAGGAAGUGUCUGCUGGACGCCGAGGCUGGUAGGGAGUUGGCUGCGGUGCUCAGUGCCAACCGGCACCUGCUGGAGCUGGACCUGACUGGGAACCUGCUGCAGGAUAUAGGCCUGGAGCGGCUCUGCGAGGGCCUGAAGCACCCUGGCUGCCCACUGCAGAUGCUGUGGUUGAAGAUCUGCCACCUCACAGCUGCUGCCUGCGUUCACCUGGCUGCGGCCCUCGGCGCCGGUGCUGCGCUGAUGGAGCUCGACCUCAGCCUCAACGACCUGGGCGACCAGGGCCCACUGCUGCUAUCCGAGGGCCUGGCGCACCCCGCCUGCAAGCUGCAGACCCUCCGGCUGGGCAUCUGCAGGCUGGGCCCGGCCGCCUGUGGGGCCCUGUCACAUGCACUGCAGCUCAACAGCAGCCUUCGGGACCUGGACCUGAGCUUCAACGAUGUGGGGGAUGCGGGGGUACAGCAGCUGGGGGAGGGGCUGCAGCACCCCACGUGCAGGCUGCAGAAGCUGUGGCUGGACAGCUGUGGCCUCACUGCUCAGGCCUGUGAACACCUCUCCUCCAGCCUGGCCACCAGCCAGACCCUGAGCGAGCUCUACCUCACCCACAACGCCCUGGGCGAUGCGGGCGUGCAGCUGCUGUGCCAGAGGCUGGCGCUGCCCGGCUGCCGGCUGCGCGUGCUCUGGUUGUUUGGGAUGCAGCUGAACAAAUCCACACACAGGAGGCUGGCAGCUCUUCGAAGAGCCAAACCUCACCUGGACCUCGGCUGCUGA